CUCCCCAACGGAGAGGGGCGGCACGCGCUUGUGGUGGUGAAACCGCAUUGUUUGUUUCAAAGGAGGAAUCUGGGCCGAUCUGCGGCCGCCGUCCUGAACCCCCCGGAGCUUCGCCCAGGACAAGGCAACGGAUCGGAGAACAGGGAGACCGCGGGGGGGAUUCGGGGUCCCCCCUUCCUGGUCGGGGGAGGGAGCCUGGAGCGGAAGUCUAUUGUGGUCGUGUCUUGUGGGGGCAGUGUGCGGUCACAUCGGGGAGAAGCUGCACUAGUCCGCCAUUAGUCGCUGAGGACGGUGUCCGGCAUCGCAGCUCAUCCAAAAUGAGGCGAAAAGGACGUUGGCACAGGAAUUCUGGGCCCAGGACAUCUACUUCUCCCUGUAGUAUUAAGCAUUCUCCUACUCGAGAGACAUUGACUUAUGCCCAGGCACAGAGAAUGGUUGAAAUUGAAAUAGAAGGCCGUUUGCACAGAAUAAGUAUUUUUGAUCCUCUUGACAUUAUUUCUGAAGAUGAUCCCACUGCUCAAGAAAUUAGUGAAUGCAAUAGCAAUAAAGAAAACAGUGAGCAGCCACCCCAGGUUUGUUUACGGUCUAAAAGACAGAAAGCCAAUAAGGCAAAAAAGAAAAGUGAAGUUCUUCCAACCACCCACGGACAUGCUUCCACCAGCACUCUUCCAGAACCCAAAGUACGUGUCAUAGAAUGUAGUCCUCCUUCUGCUCCUAGUAGGCCUGCUACAUAUUACAAAUUUCAUGAAAAGUCUUCAGAGGAGCUGGAUAAAGAGGUGGAGUAUGAUAUGGAUGAAGAAGAUUAUGCUUGGCUGGAAAUAGUAAAUGAGAAACGAAAAAGCGAAGGACUUUCUGUAGUGUCUCAAGACAUAUUUGAAUUCCUUAUGGACAGGUUUGAGAAGGAAUCUUAUAGUGAAAACCAAAAGCAGGGGGAUCAGCAGUCAUUAAUUGAUGAGGAUGCCGUAUGUUGCAUAUGCAUGGAUGGAGAAUGUCAGAACAGUAAUGUUAUUUUGUUUUGUGACAUGUGUAAUUUAGCAGUACAUCAAGAGUGUUAUGGUGUGCCAUACAUACCAGAAGGACAGUGGCUCUGCAGGCAUUGCCUUCAGUCACGUAGCACAGCUAUUGACUGCGUGUUGUGCCCAAAUAAGGGUGGUGCCUUUAAAAAGACUGAUGAUGACCGCUGGGGACAUGUAGUUUGUGCUUUGUGGAUCCCUGAAGUUGGAUUUGCAAAUACUAUUUUUAUUGAACCAAUCGAUGGUGUACGUAACAUACCCCCAGCGAGAUGGAAAUUAUCUUGCUACCUCUGCAAGCAAAAAGCUGUUGGUGCCUGCAUUCAGUGCCAUAAGGCUAACUGUUAUACGGCUUUUCAUGUAACGUGCGCUCAAAAGGCUGGAUUGUACAUGAAAAUGGAGCCUGUGAAAGAAGUGACGGACAGUGGCACAACCUUUUCUGUAAAAAAGACAGCAUAUUGUGAUGCCCAUACUCCAUCAGGGUGUGUCAGAAGGCCUCUAAACAUAUAUGAGCUGCCAGAGUCUAAAAAUGGCAUUUGUAGAAAAGGGACUGAUAAAUCAGCUAUGUCUACCUCUAAGGUUAGAAAAAAAGCAAAGAAAACAAAAAAAUCAUUGACUGAAACGUGUUCAGUAAUACCAACAGUCAAUAUGCCUGAUAUUCCACCUCAAAGAAUAAACAAAAUCUCAAACCAGGUGUCAAUCCAGCGGAAGAAGCAAUUCAUUGAGAGAGUUCAUGGUUAUUGGCUUCUGAAGCGACUCUCAAGAAAUGGCAUUCCCUUACUCAGACGGCUUCAGUCUAGUUUGCAGUCCCAGAAAAACAUUCAACAGCGAGAAGAUGAUGAAGAAGUUCAGAACUUGAAAAGGAAAUUAAAAUACUGGCAACGGUUAAGACAUGACCUUGAGAGAGCUAGGUUAUUAAUUGAACUUAUCCGAAAACGGGAAAAGUUAAAACGUGAACAGGUUAAGGUUGAGCAGGUUGCUAUGGAGCUUCAACUGACACCACUGACAGUAAUCCUGCGGACGGUUCUGGAACAAUUGCAGGAAAAGGAUUCUGCCCAUAUAUUUUCUCAACCUGUGAAUCUUUCUGAGGUUCCUGAUUACAUGGACCACAUAAAACAUCCCAUGGAUUUCUCCACAAUGAAGAAACAGUUAGAAGAUCAGAGAUACCGUAAUUUAAAUGAAUUUGAAGAGGACUUCAACCUUAUCAUUGAAAACUGUUUGAAGUACAAUGCCAAGGACACAUUUUUUUACAGAGCUGCUGUUCGGUUGCGAGAUCAGGGAGGAGCAUUAUUAAGGCAAGCAAGGCGAGAUGCUAAUGCUAUUGGCUUUGAUGAAGAAACAGGGAUGCAUUUACCAGAGCAACCAAAAAAUGAAUCUCCCCUGCAAUUUUCCUGGGAGGAUGUUGAUAAGCUGCUGAAUACGGAUAACCGUGCACAUAUGCCCUUGGAAGAACAACUAAAAGAACUGUUGGAAAAACUGGAUUUGACUUUUGCAAUGAAAUCAAGCGGAUCGCGGAGUAAACGGUUAAAAUUGCUGAAAAGAGAAAUUAACAAUGUUCGACAACUGUUGUCACAACAGCAAGUGCAGCCACCACAAAUAGAAUCGGGUAUUGGAAGCUUUGAAGAGGAAAAUGGAUCUACAGCGGAAAAUGAUGGCGAAGAAGAUGGAGAUAAAUCUCCCCCUAAACUUGAACCAUCCGAUGCAUUACCUCUGCCUUCAAACUCGGAGACUAAUUCAGAACCACCAACCCUCAAACCAAUAGAACUCAAUCCAGAGCAGAGUAAGCUAUACAAACGAGUCACUUUUGAUAAUGCAUUACAUAGCGCUUCUGUUCAGGAUGAAGUAUUAAAUGGACACAGUUCAGAACAUUUACUUAAGGACAGUAAUCUCAGUGAUUCGACAGAUUCUGAAGUUGCGGAAUCCUCAGCUGAUGUAAACAGACGUACAUCUAUUCUCUUCCGCAAAUCUAAAAGUGUAAGCCCCCAAAAGCCUGCAAAGAACAAUGAAACCCAGCCAACAUCACCACAGCUAGGGACCAAAACCUUUUUGUCUGUAGUCAUCCCAAGGUUGGAAACACUCCUGCAACCAAGAAAAAGGUCAAGGAGCUCAUGUGGAGAGUCAGAGCUUGAUGACGAGUCCCCUGUAAAACGUUUGGAUACAGGCCUCCCAAAUGGCUUUGGAGAUGGAGACAAGGAGAAGACUAUUGCAGUGACUCCAGUCCGAAAGUUGGAACCUCGUAGAAGGUGUGCUUCAGAAUCCAGUAUCUCUUCAAAUAACAGCAUUUUGUGCCACUCAAAUUUUAGUUUACCAAAAUGCGGUAAAGGCAAACCUGCACUUGUGCGACGCCAUACUAUCGAAGACAGAAGCGAGCUAAUAUCUUGUAUAGAGAAUGGAAAUUACGCAAGGGCAGCAAGAAUUGCAGCAGAAGUUGGACAAACGAACAUGUGGGUGUCUGCAAGUGCAAAUUCAGCUUUCCUUGAACCUCUAAAAGUGGUCUGGGCCAAAUGUAGCGGUUAUCCUUCUUAUCCAGCAUUGAUAAUAGAUCCCAAAAUGCCACGUGUUGGUUGCAAUCAUAAUGGUGUUGCUAUACCAAUUCCACCAAUGGAUGUUUUAAAAACGGGAGAGCAGAUGCAAACCAGAGCUGAAGAAAAGCUGUUUUUGGUUCUUUUCUUUGAUACUAAAAGAAGCUGGCAGUGGCUUCCAAAGUCGAAAAUGGUCCCUCUUGGGAUAGAAGAAACCAUUGACAAAUUGAAGAUGAUGGAAGGGCGUAACUCGAGUAUUCGGAAGGCUGUCAGAGUUGCUUAUGACCGUGCUUUGAACCAUUUAAGCAGAGUUCAAGGAGAAUCCGUUAGUGACUUUAGCGAUAUUGACUGAUGAAGGUGCUACUGAGACACACCAUGCCUCAUGUACUCUUAAGCUUUAUCUCUGACCUCUUCCUCUGAAAGAAUGUACUGAAAAUACAAUUCCUAAUCUCUGAAAGUUGAAGAUAUUAUUUGUAAAGGAGCAUGAAGCUAUUGCUGCCCCUUGGAUGACUUUACUUUAUAGUUGAUUGGAGGAGCUUCCACUAAAGCAUUCUGUUUAUAGUGUUCAUAUUAUGUACAUAAUUGUAUAUUGGGAAACACCUAACUUAUUCUCACUCUGACGUAGUAAUUCCUACCAGGUGAACACCUGUUGAAACAGUUUUUUAUUUGCUGUAAAAUUAGAUGUAUAAUUGUAAUUUUUUUAAGUUUUAAAAAGGGUUGAGCCUUGGCACCACUUUACAUAAUGACAAAAUGUUUUGUAAGACUUCGCUAGAUUGGAAAAUAGCUAUGUUUAAAAUAUAUUUAAUGUACUGCUACCUAGCUUAUCCAUUUUUCAUAUUUUGACUACUGUAAUUAAGUAUUUUAAAUGAUGUAAUUACCAUUACAAAGAGUACAAUGUGCUAUUACAUGUAAACCGUUUUAUUUUACCAGGACAUUGGGAGAAUCUUUUGGCCUUAAGUUCUUAAAGCUAGAAAACAUUCAUUUUUCUUCCUUUUUAUAGAGUUCUUUUUAUUGGUGGAAAAGUGAAGCCCUGCCUUUUUAGUAGCGAGGCGUCUCUUCCCUAAUAAAAAAAAAAAA